CAGAAAAAAACCCUGUCAUGGCUCAAAACGGGGUGUCCCAUUUCAUUUUGGAAACGCUGUAUCUUCGUCCCUCGUAUCGACAUUCGCCUUCGCGUCCCUCGGUUUCUUCUUCCUCGCUGGCCCGCUGCACCACUUCCUGGAGAAAGCCUAUGUGUCCCUAGUCCUCGGCCGCGAUUUUCAUCCCGGAAUUCAUAUCAGAUACUAUUCGUCGAUCCUUACAUCGCUCUCAUAUUUGCAAUUCCAUCGCAUCGCCAUGCUUGUUGGUGACUGCCGGAUAUGGAGGAACAGAUAUUUUUCUAGAUUCUGGAUUCUGCACUGUGCCUUUCCCGCUCAUCGGCAGUAUGGAGUGGCUGCCGGCCUGCCCGGGCUCUGCCUCCCCUAUUUCCUGGUCCAUUCCUUGCUGCCCCUGUCGAUAUCGCGCCCCAUAUUGAACCGGGACACCUCAACAUGCGGAUGGCUCGUGGAUUGUGUGGAAUGAGCGAUGCUGAUCUCUCGCUUGGCUGAACAGCGUCGAUCGGCACUCGCACUGCCGCAAUGGUCUCGGCCAGGAGAUGAUAGUUCCCAUUGCCCCAUUCCUCACACAGUAUUCUGCCACCCAGAUACCAAAGCCCUGCACCGGGAUUGCGCCUUCCCACAUCCAACGAGACCCUGCAGCGGCUUCUGCACCAGCUUUGGCGCCAAAAUUGCCCGCCAACGAGCCAGAUCCGAUCGAUGGCCCGAUUGCCUGAGCAACGGGAGGGCCGGCCAACGUCGACUUGGGCAUUCUCACCCCGAUCGGAUCGAGAACCAAGGACAAAGCCAGACACUCCUCCACGUUCCUGGAUCGAUCGAUUCCUUGCCCGCAAUGCUAAAUGCCGGACGAGUGACCUGGGCCCAGAGCCGACGCGAUGCUCGUGAAUACGAUGAGAAGGGCAACACCAAGAUGGCCCAAAGGUACCUGAAGCAGCUCUGCCGAGAGCAAAAGCUGUACCAGACACCUGAGCUCAACGACAGACUCUACCUCCAUUUCAAAGGGUUCACCAAGAUCGAGAGCUUGGAAGAAUACGUUGGUGUCCGAUCGCUGUGGCUCGAAGGCAACGGCAUUGGCACGAUCGAAAAUCUCGACACACUCACGGAGCUGCGAUGCCUGUUCCUCCAACAAAACUGCAUCGAGAAGAUCGAGAACGUGGAUCAUCUGUCGCUGCUCGACACGUUGAAUGUCUCCAGCAACAUCAUCAAACAGAUCUCGGGGCUCGAGGGACUCGUGAGUCUGAAGACCCUCCAAAUCGCAAGCAACCUUUUGAGAACCUGCGAGGACAUCGAAGGCCUCCUGCAGUGCCCCUCCAUCUGCAUCCUGGAUUUAUCCCAAAACAAAAUCGACAACCCGGACGUCAUCCACAUCUUUGAGCAGAUGCCGAACCUGACUGUUCUCAACUUCAUGGGCAAUCCGGCGAUUCGCAAGAUCGAAAACUACCGCAGAAAUAUGGUUGGCAAGAUCAAGGGGCUGACCUAUCUGGACGACCGCCCUGUUUUCGACAAGGAGCGGCUGGCGACCGAAGCAUGGAUGGUUGGUGGGCUCGAGGCCGAGCGCCAGGAACGUGUUCGGCAGCAGCAGGAGGAACGGGAUGCUCACGAUCGCAAUCUCAAAGCUUUGGAAAAGAUUCAAGAAGAAGGUCGAAAGAAGCGAAUCGCAAAGUACGGGCCCGACAAGGAACCCACCUUCAGCGCCGGCCUCACCCGCUUCCGCGAUGAGCAGAUGGAGAAGAUUCAGACUCCCGAGGAGCGGGCCCAGAUCGCGGCUGUCAAGGAUCCAAGCACAUCGACCGCUGAGACUGAGGGCGUGCCGCUGCUCGACUCUCCUGUAUACAGCAUUGGGUCCCGCAACACGGCUCCGAUCCGAUCGGGCGCACACAUAUCAGUCCGCGGACAGAGCCUUGGCGCUGACGGGCUAGCUGAUGACGACGAUGUGGACAAAGAAGGCGUGGAUGACGAAGACAUCGCGACCCAGAGCAAAGUGUCCGAGCUGCGACCCGAUCAGCCCAAGACCCUUCAGUUCCCACUUUCGGCCAAGAGCUUGAUUGAAGAGAUCCAUGAGUGCGAGCAAGAGCAGGCCAGACUAGAGCUGGAGCUGGAGCUGGAGUCGUCCGGGCAGCGCGAAGCACCUCUCGCCAAGAGCCUGAUCGAGGAGAUCUAUGCCGAAGCCACAGAUGAUACUCCAGAGGCCACUGUCGGAGAUAUCCUCGAGAUGCCCGUGAAAUCUGCUGCAUCCGCCACUGCUACGCUCCUUGAGACACCAAGGCCCGUGGAUGUCGGUGAAGACGAGCCCACCGAAGGCAUCCAGUCCAGUGGAAUGCCCGCCGGAGUGGCUGUAUGCUCGCAAGAGCCUGUACUGAUCCGUGAAGUUGUAUCGGAGCCGGAGGCGGUCGGUGCUCCGCUCCCAGGCUGCAGCGAUAUCUCGGUCACUCUCAAGCCCGCCGAGACUGCUGCCGAUGACGCGGAAUGUGCUCGCGAGUUGAUGGAUGAAAUCGAUGCGGUCUUGUGCGAAGAAGCAGCUAUCCGUGCAGAAGACUCGUUCGCUGACCAGAAUGCCCCCAAAGUCUCGGCAGUGGAAGCCGUCGUCGCGGCGCACCAUCAGCCAAGCCGAUCUGAACGGUUCAAAGAAGGGCCCCAAGACUCUGCUGUUGUCCUCGACCCAGUUGCUGUCGAUGACGAGCUGAAGCUAGUUGAUGAACCAGCUGACGGGAUGGUAGAAGAGUCGCUGUGGCCCGUGGACAGCCAGUUCGAAUCAAAGCCCCAGCCAGAGUACACCUAUAGAAUGCCCAAGAAGCAGCGAUCGGCCGACCGCAGCCUGGCCGAAGAGUUCGAGGAGUGGAUCCAGGCCAAACCCGGGGACACCGACGCCAACGUGCCGCUGAUGUCGGAUAUGGAUGAUCUCGAACAAACCGGAUAUUCGCUGCUUGUGGAAGUGCCGGAGACCAGCGACGAAGAGGACGACGGCGAAAGCGUGUACGAAACGGCCGACUCCUCUGUUGUGGAGCAGGAUGCUGACAGGGUCGGCGACCGCCUGUGCGUGAUGCACGAUCCUAUGCUCGCUGAAGAGAGCGAUGCCCUCCUCACAAGCCCCGAGAUCGACUCCUUUGCGGAGCUGCGAAGGCCGUCUGCCUCUGGUACGGCGGCGGGCACGGCGGCGGGCACGGCGACCGGCACUCUAGGCUGCGCCAACGUCGCCAAUAUCCUCGCCGACACUAUCGAGUUGAUUCAAUCCAACGUCGCCCCACUGACAGAGUGCGAUCCCAUCCUGGGAUUCGCCGUGGACUACCUGGCCUUUGAAGAAAUGAACACGGCCUUGCCCAGCAGCGUGAUGGAGGGCAGCUUCGAAGCACCUCUGAAGCGCGCAUGGGAGCAUCUCUCCGAGCUCGGCAACAGCUCGGAUGAAGAGUCCAUCGACGACAAUGAGGAUCCUUUCGACAGCGAAGCCGGCUCUGGGUCUGGACAGGAGGACGAGGAUAUGGAAAGCACACUGGUCGUGCCAGGCGGCCGCGGCGAUCGAGACGCGCCCGCAACCAGAGACGAGGACGACGAGGUCGAGAUUGUGUGUCGAGCACUGAGCGACUGCGAGAUCGACGAAGCAGCUUCUGUCCAGCCCCGUGAUCACCUCGCGGCCAAUGUGUGGAGUGACGAGUAUCCGUACUCGGAGUCGCCAAAGCAUCACUCGAUUCAGUAGAUAGGAGUCGGACCACCGAUGGACCGAUCGAUGGACCGAUCGCUGGGCUGUGGCGAAUAGAGCGAGCAUCAGGGCAGGACAACGAAAUGGAAGGCGGUCUAGAACAAUCAACUCAAUGCAGCUCAGAGUGCAGCAAGAAACCAAAGCAGCGGACCAGGAUGCAAGCAUAUCGAUCGCUGAUGUGCAUCGAGUCCGUGGUACUUGCUCGAUGCAGCGCCCCGGAUCAUGAGUGCGUGGUGCUGACAAGGGGUGAUUGCGAGAAUACAAUCAAUCGGUCAUGCAAACUCAGCUGG